AUGUCCAUAACCGGCUACACUGCAUCCCUGCUGCUCACCGCCACCUGCCUGGGUGCCUUAGCUGUGGAUCCAAGAUCAUUAUUAUCUUCCUACGAAGUCAUCGUACCCCAGAAAAUCACUCGGCUGAGAAGAGAUGCGUCCGGCUCCCUCAGAGAGGGUCUGUCUUACGUUAUCAAGGCUGAGGGCCAGGAGCACAUAAUACACCUCGAGCACAACAGAGAUUUGUUGGCCAAAGAUUUCACCGUAUAUACGUAUGCAGAAAAUGGAACAAGACUGGCAAGUCCGCUUCAAAAAGAGGAUCAGUGCCACUAUCGAGGGUAUGCAGAAGGAGAUCCGGAAUCACGAGUGGCGAUCAGCACCUGCUCAGGCCUCCGGGGUCUGCUGCACCUGAAGAGUGGGAGUUAUGGUAUUGAACCCAUGGAGUCCUCCUCCAAGUUUCAUCACCUCAUCUAUCGUAUGGAGAAUGUGAAGACGGAGCCGAUGGCAUGCGGGGUCUCCAGUCCUGACAUGGGGCAGGAGGGAGAUCACCAGCACGCGCCAAGUAUGACCCAACUUUUGAGGAGGAAGAGAGCGAUCCUGCCCCAGACGAGAUAUGUGGAGCUCUUCUUGGUGGUGGACAAGGAAAGGUACGACUUGCUGGGACAAAACGCUUCAGCAGUCAGGGCUGAAAUGGUGCAGUUGGCCAACUACCUUGACAGCAUGUACAGCAUGCUGAACAUCAGAAUUGUUCUGGUCGGGUUGGACAUCUGGAUGCAUGUGAAUCACAUCAGUAUCGACGGCUCGGCCGGAGACGUCUUGGGGCGUUUUGUGCAGUGGCGCGAGAAGGAGCUCGUUCCCCUCCGCAGACACGACAGCGCUCAGUUUAUUCUGAAGAAGGGAUUCGGAGGCACUGCUGGCAUGGCCUUUGUUGGCACCGUGUGUUCCAGGAGCCACGCCGGUGGCAUUAACGUGUUUCCAAAUCAGAAUGUACAAUCUUUUUCUUCUAUCGUUGCUCAUGAACUGGGACACAACCUGGGAAUGAAUCAUGAUGAUGGUCGAGGCUGUUACUGUCCUGUAGGGGCUUGUAUCAUGAACUCCGGGGCCACGGGCUCUAAGAAUUUCAGCAGCUGCAGCGAAGACGAUUUUGAGAAGUUGUCACUGAACAAAGGUGGAGGCUGCCUCUUGAAUGUGCCCAGCCCAGACGAGUCUUACAGCGCCCCCUUCUGCGGGAACAAGCUGGUGGACCCGGGAGAGGAGUGCGACUGUGGGAAUGAAAAGGAAUGUGAGAAGGAUCCAUGUUGCCAGCCCAGGACCUGCAAGCUGCGCUCAGGAGCUCAGUGCGCCUACGGAUCCUGCUGCCAAAACUGCCGGUUCGCUCCCGGUGGUACCGUGUGCCGUGGCGUGGCCAAUGAAUGCGACCUUCCGGAAUACUGCAACGGCUCUUCUCCGCACUGCCAGCCUGAUGUAUUCAUUCAGAACGGGAACUUGUGCCAAAACGGCCAGGCCUACUGCUACAACGGCAUAUGCCAGUACUCCGAAGCCCAGUGUCAAGGAAUUUUUGGACUCAAGGCGAAGGCAGCUGCUCCCAUUUGUUUCCGAGAAGUGAACUCCAAAGGGGACCGAUUCGGAAACUGCGGCCUACAAGGAAAUGUGUACAGGUCAUGUGAUGCCAGGAAUGCCAUGUGCGGGAAGCUGCAGUGUGAGAACGUGGACUCCAUGCCUAUCUUUGGCAUUGAACCGUCAAUUAUCAAGUCUACCAUCCAGGGCACCGUGUGCUGGGGUGUGGAUUUCCAGCUGGGCACCGACGUCCCGGAUCCUGCUAUGGUCAACGAGGGCACCAAGUGCGCCGGUGGCAGCAUUUGCAGGAAUUUCCAGUGUGUCAAUGCGUCAGUCCUUGGGUACGACUGCAACGUGCAGGAGAAGUGCGGAGGUAACGGGGUUUGCAACAGCAACAAGAACUGCCACUGUAAUGAGGGCUGGGCUUUCCCUGACUGCAAGAACAAGGGCUAUGGCGGAAGCAUUGACAGCGGCCCCACGUAUAAUGAUAAGGACACGUCUCUCCGGGACGGCCUGCUGAUCUUCUUCUUCCUGAUCGUCCCUCUUCUGGCACUGGGAGGCUUCGUGUUUUUCAAAAGGAACAGCCUGAAACAGAGAUUCCUCCGGAAGAAGAGAUCUCGGGAGAACGAAAUCGACAGACCGAAAAAAGAUGGAGAAAGGCAAGCACCGCACAACGCCCCCGGUAGAAGUGGUCCUCCAAGGAACCCACCACAGAGAAAUGCAGCAAAUAUGGAGGGUCCUCCAACAGGUCAGACAAGGAAUCCUCAGCAUGGACAACCUCCAAGGAUUCCGCCAACAUCGGGGCCCCCAAGGAAUCCACAAAAUGUUCCUCCUGGUGGUGGACAACCUUCUAGUGCCCCUCCAAGAAAUGUGCCACCCAUAGGACCCAACAGAAACAUCCACCCACCAACUCAUGAACCUUCACAUCCACAGAAUGCCUAUACUGUCCCUUCGUAUGUGGGAAGACCGCCUCAACACACGCCAUCCCGGCCCCCAUUGCCCAAUCAAAGAGAAACUCAUCCCAACAUCACCCCAGCACGCCCACCACCGGCCCCACCAGUAUAACGCCGAUCCUCUGACUCCAGCUAGCAUUUUAUCGUGACUUUUUACACUGACUUAGGUACACGCGCGUUUCUGAAAGACACGGACUUUAUCAACUGCGGGGAAAAAAAGUAACAAAG